AUGGAUAUUGAUAAGAAGGAUGUUUCUCUUAGCAAAUUCAAGGGGAAGGUUCUCUUGAUUGUCAAUGUUGCUUCACGAUGUGGCUUGACAUCAUCAAAUUACACAGAACUCUCGCACUUGUAUGAAAAUUUUAAAGAUAGAGGUUUGGAGGUUCUAGCUUUCCCUUGCAAUCAAUUUGGCAUGCAGGAGCCUGGAUCAAAUGAAGAAAUUAAGCAAUUUGCUUGCACUAAGUUCAAAGCAGAAUUUCCAAUUUUUGAUAAGGUUGAUGUAAAUGGACCAUUUACUGCUCCAGUAUACCGGUUUCUGAAAUCAAGUUCCGGGGGCUUUUUUGGUGAUCUUGUCAAGUGGAAUUUCGAGAAAUUCUUGGUUGAUAAAAAUGGUAAAGUUGUUGAAAGAUACCCACCAACAACAUCUCCUUUUCAAAUUGAGGGAUUGGAAUCACCCGCUGAUGGUAGACGUUCAUCUGAGUCUAGCUACCGUAUUGGAGAUAAUGGAACUUCAGGGGGGAAAAAUUAG